CGAAAUUCAAGACGCUUGAAAUUCCUUAGCCCUGAUCUCCGGCACCGCAACGAAUCCCCGAACCGUCACUUCGCAGCACCCAUAACAAGCCGCAAAGAUGGAGAACGACCGUGGCGAAAUCGUCGACCUUUACGUCCCUCGCAAGUGCUCUGCGACGGGCAGGAUCAUCCGGGCCAAGGACCACGGCUCUUGCCAGAUUACCGUCGCCAAGGUGGACGAGAACGGCCGUGCCAUUCAGGGCGAGAACAUCAUCUACGCCCUCUCGGGCUUCGUCCGUGCCAUGGGUGAGAGCGACGACUCCCUGAACCGUCUCGCCCAGCGUGACGGUCUCCUCAAGAACGUCUGGAGCGCCCAGCGGUAGAUUACGCAUGUUAGAUGUUUGGAGGAGAAGAUGAUGUGCGUUUUAACGACCGGCGCCUCGACAUGAUUUAGACGGAGGACAGUGCGAUGACGGCUGGGCAUGGAUCUGGGGCUUCUUUCUCGCGGAUACGUCUUGACCGGUUACUCGAUGGCGUCAACGGACAUUGUCUCUCGGAACAAAUAAACUAGCAUCGUGAUCACCCUUUCGGCGCCGCCCGGUUUUCUCUCCCUUCUCUCGCCCGAACCUGAUGACGACGACCGGCUAGCAAAGUCUCCCCUGAUCUAUCCCCGGUAUCUGGGGAGGUUGGAGUUACCUCGAUAGCUCCCGUGCCGUAGAUUGAGCUCGCAGGCCUCGAAAAAGCCGUGAUGACAAAGUGGCUCGUCAUGGUACAGAUACGGGUCUGACACGUCAAGCAUCUGCCUCUUUCUUCACGUUUUCCCACGUCCUUCGAUCAACACUUAGCAUACACCUUUCUAUAAACUUGUUCCCGC